UACAAAAAAAAUGAGGAGAGAAGGUGGAUUUGAUUUGAUAUUGAUAUCGUUGGCGGUGGCGCUAGGGCUGAGUUUGUACGUGGGGCGGAUGCAGGCUGCGGUGACACUGCCGCCUGAGUCGAGGGCGCUGAAGCGGCACUUGUACAAGAAGCUCAACACGUGCGCGAAUGUGGAGCCGUUUGUGAGGCAUCAAGUGAGGCUGUGGUGGACUCGAGAGAAGAACAUUACUGCCAAGCUGCUUAAGCUAGUCUACGCAGACUGCAUGGUUAAUGGGUGCGAUGCGUCGAUUCUACUGGACGGGCCACACACGGAGAAAACAUCUGGAAAAAAUUCGGGGUUGGAUGGUUUUGUACUGAUUGACAAGAUCAAGAAGGUUCUGGAAAUACGAUGCCCCCGCGCUGUUUCUUGCGCUGACAUCCUCCAUCUUGCUACUCGCGAUGCUCUUUAUUUUGCGGGAGGACCCUCGUAUCCAGUCUACUUAGGCAGAAGAGAUGGAAUGGAAUCAAAAGCAUCAUGGGUAGAUCUCCCCUCGCCGGCCAUCUCCAUCGAUCAAGGAAUCGCCUACUUCAAAUCGAAGGGCCUUGACGAUAUGGACUACGCUACCCUUCUUGGAGCACACACCAUGGGAAAAACGCACUGCGCCAACCUCAACGACCGUCUCUACAACUUCAACAAGACUAGGAAACCUGACCCCUCCAUUGCCAAAUCCCGACGGGAUGAACUGCGAAAGCAAUGCCCCAAAACCCUCAAGAAAGGCCAGAAAGACCCGACCGUGUUCCUGACUGACGACCAGUACAGGUUCAGCAACAAGUACUACAGCAACCUAGUGUCCAACAAGGCAGUUUUGAAGGUGGAUCAAGACCUGCUCCAGAGCUACAACACGAGUCAGCUGGCGCUUGAAUACGUGGCCAUAUUGGAGCACUUGAAGCAGCAGUUUUCGCUCUCGAUCAGCAGGUUGGGAGGCCUUAAGGUGCUCACAGGGAAUCAAGGGGAGAUUCGCCUAAACUGCCGUUUCACCAACAAGAACAACCCCUACACCUAGA